AUGCGCAACCAGGUUAUACGAACAGCCACUCGGAAGCAGAAACACAUGAAGAAAGUCGUGUUACGGCAGAUCGCACAGGUGGAGGCCCCACUUUGGUGCAUCGAAAAGACUCUCUUUCAUAAAAAGUCCAAAUGCAUUCGCAGUUGUAUACGGUGUAGGACGCAUAGAUAUAGGGUUGGGGACAAGCAGCUGUAUACGGCGUCCCUCCAUCUACAGCAAGCGAUAAAGAUGUACAUCCGGUGGGCGGGUCCGGAUUUCAGGAAGUUCAUAGCAAAGCGCCAAGCAGAUGGAGAUACAUUACCACGACUGUGUAUGCGAGUCCAGUGUGGCUGCUUCUUUAAGUGGUGCUGCAGCUGUUGCUGCUGUCUCUACUGCUGCUGGAAGUGCUUGUUGCGUCUGUGCCGUUGCUGGAGGCCCCUAUGCCACAAGCUGACCUGCUGGUGCAGGAAGGACCCCGAUAUCUUGGAAAGAAGAGCUGUAUGUCGUGCUCUCUGCGAGCGCCUAGAGUAUGAGCAAGAGCUGCUUACGGCGCAUCUCGCAGCCAGCUUCUGCUACAUGGCCUACAGUGGCACUGGGAACCAGCUAACUGCACUGGCGAUGGAUCAAGGCAGGCAGUUCCUCAGGGCCUCCAUGCGAAAGCUACACAAGGCACACUUCCCCCUCUGUGAGCGCCCCAGCUCUGUGACUCAGAGGUUAGUAGAGGUGGUGUUGCAGAAAGCUGAAGACGACCUGGAGCAUGCUAAAGCCAAGAUCGGACCACUCCCCUUCAGACAACCCAGACCUCACGAUAGAGGAGCCAGGGAAAGACAGCUCUGCCUUCUGCCUCCAGAGGGAACAUCCGAACCCCCCAACGUGAUCAUUCAACAACAACGGCCCCUAUACCCCCUCCCCACGGGCGCCUUCUCAGCCAGCCUUUACUAG